AUGAUUUAUUCGUUCAUCAAUAUCAAUAAACAAUUUAAUUUAAUUAUCGAUCAUAUAAUUGAAAAACAAUUAGCAUUAACAUCGUUGAAUGAUUCAUCAUGCUCAAUUAAUAAUGAUAUCAUACUUGAUCGAGUUUCACAAAUUUUACCAUCGAUUCAUCAUAAAAUUCAAUGUAUUGGUGUUGAUGCAUCAAUUAUAGAACAAAUUCUUUUUUCAACAACUUAUCCAAACUUAAAGACACUUGUUUUAUAUGUAACAUCAUCAACAGCAAUUAAUUUAUUUGAUGAUAAUAGUUUAUUAUUUCAAAAUGUUGGUCCAAAAAUUCAAACUUUGAUUAUUAAAACAAAAAGCAUUACUAGAGAAAUACAUGUACUUGAUUUGGAGAGCGCGGACGAAAUGUUAGAAAGUAUGAAAAUGCCUCAAGUUUUAUUCAAACAAUCUUGCACCAUGUUUACGAAUUUACAAUAUGUAAAAUUUGGCUCAAUUGUUGAACAAGAACAAUUAGGAUUUGAUAAUAUCGAUUCAGUUUCAUUUUCAUCAAAUAUAUCGAAAUUAAAUAUCGAAGUCGAUACGUUUAACGAUUGUCUUUUUUUACUUGAUGUUAAAUUCGAUCGACUUACUCAUUUAUAUGUAAGAAUAUACAGUUUUCAUGAUUUAUAUUCAUUAAAUCACAUGCACAAAUCAGAUAAGAUGUCGAAUUUGACCUGUUCCUCAAUUACUUAUAUGAAUAAUUUAUAUGACCGUGACAAAAACGGUCUUCUUAAUCUUUUACGUCGAAUGUCAAAUUUAAAUGAACUUUAUUUAGAAUUUUUAAUGGUUGGUCAUUCGAUUGUUGAUGGUAGUAUCUUAUCUACACGUUUUAUUAAUGCCAUGUCAAAUUUAAAUAAAUUUACAUUUAAUAUUGGAUCAUUAGCUGAAAUUGAUGAUAAACGUAAAUUACCUAUACCAACAAACGAAGAUAUAAAAAAUUCGUUUAAAAAUUUUCUAAAUACAAUUCUAUCAAGUAUUCAUCAGGGUGUAGGUGUGGUUGCAGUGCUGCUCUGA